AAAGAAGGUAAAAGUGCAAUGAAGGAACUGCUUAACAUGGGUUAAGGAUACGAGUUAAAAACUAGGAUGUGUACGUACAUGAAUAAAAAGCGGAUUAAAAACUACUUAUCUAUCUCAUCUGAAAGGAUAAGAUGAAGGGCUAACUUGGAGUAAUCUUUGGUCAUAUGAAAUACAGUCAUUGGAAAAGGAUCAUCAUUUGAAGCCAUCAAAAUGCGCGGUAACACAACGACACACCUUCCUGAUUAUUUAACUAAAGUAACUAGAGCUCUGAAGGUCACUGCUCCAAAGAACAUUGACACUUCCGAAGGAACGACGAUUAUCAAUAGAGAAAUCACACUCAGUGAAAAGUGCCUCGAGACUAGAAAAUGGCACUUUUUCUUAGCAUCAAGUUUAUCAACUCUAAUAUUAGGGGUUCUAAUCUUAACUUUGUAUAGAUAUAUUAUCCAGCACAUUGAAUAUAGAAUAAAAAGAACUCGUCGCAUUAGUAUUGUUCUGGAAGCAAAGGGCGAAUCGGUUGCAACUACGCCAUUGGAAAUAGGCAUAGGAAAGCAUGGUAUAAUCGCAAUUGCCCAAGAAAGAACCCGGGAGCUGAUUCAUGGCCAUACUCUUUCUGGAAAAGUCUGGAACACAUUGACGACUUUGAUAAGUCUGGCCUCCUUUGUCGUGUACCUUGUGGAUGCUACACGAUGGGAUUCACACCUUUACGUAGAAACCUGUACACCAUUCCGUGAGAAUCCAACUCAAAUCAUAGACUUUAUUUUCAAUGUUGUCCUUCUGUUGAACUUCAUAUUGAAGUUUAUGGCAGCCAAUAACAAGCCUGCAUUUUGGGUUAACCUAUACUCGUUGGUUGAUUUCUUCACAAUACCACCAGCGUUUGUUGGUCUCGUACUCGACAGAAACUGGCUAGGGUUACGCUACUUGAGGAUUCUGCUUCUACUGGAGGUACCCGAGGUGCUACAACAGUGGAGGAUACUCAGGUCUGGUCCUAUCAUUAGCAGGUUCAAGUUUAUGCUCCUCUUCCUCAGUGUUGUGCUUGCCGGAUCAGGAUUUGUCCAUCUGGUGGAGAACACAGGUGAUCCCCCGGAUUUCCAAAAUGUUACACCAAUCACAUAUUGGCACAGCUUCUAUAUGCUCAUUGUUACCAUGUCAACCGUUGGCUAUGGAGACCUCUACUGUAAAACAAUCAUUGGCAAAGUGUUUAUCUUAUUGUACAUCAUGGGAGCUGUGUCUCUAGUGGCGAGGACCCUUCCAGAGAUGAGAGAAAUGUUGCGUCAUAACAAUAAAUAUGGAGAAUCAUAUAAAAAGAGAUAUGAUAAGCAUAUUGUUGUUUGCGGUCAUAUUACGCAUUAUACAGUUGACCACUUUCUCAGAGAAUUCCUGCACAAAGACAGAGAGCGAACCACUAAUAAUAUUGUCUUCCUGGCGGAAGAGUAUCCGGACGUGGAAAUGAAGGCUUUGUUGAAAAGUCAAUACGCACAUACAAAGUAUUUUCAAGGAAGUCCAACAAAUCCCAUUGACCUUGAAAGAGUCAAGAUCCACGAUGCAGAAGUAUGCAUUGUUCUGACAGACUUGAACAAUCCUGAACCUAUUCCAGUAGAUGCUGAAACGAUGAUGUGUGUCACCACACUCAAGGACUACUACGGCCACAUUCGGACCAUUGUUGUCUUGAGACAAUACGACAAUAAGAAAUAUAUCCAGUCUAUUCCAAACUGGAACCCCCAGAGAGACCAAGUGAUCUGCCUAGGUGAGAUACAGAUGACUCUGUUAGCUAACAGCUGUGAAGCCCCUGGCUUUUCUACCCUGAUGACAAACUUGUUUAUGGCAGUGGGAAUUGAGCAGAGUGAUGAAUAUCCGAUGUGGAAGAACCAUUAUAUUCUUGGAGCAGGUAUGGAGAUAUACGUGGUGCCAUUCUCUGAGACUUUCAUCAACAUGGCGUUUCCAGAAGCAGCCAGUAUUUCUUACCAAAACCUCGGCCUUGUCGUCAUGGGUAUAAACUACAUAACUGAUGAUGCGUCGAGGCAAAUAUUACUCAACCCUGGACCAGAUGUCAGGGUAGGGGUAGGGUCAAAUGCUAUAGUUCUGGCCAAUUCCAGUGAUGAAGCAAAAAGACUCUCGUCUUAUGGAUCUGAGGUGGCGAUUGGGUCAUUUUCAGUUUCGGGAUACGACCCACCCGUCACUGCAGGCGAAGUUGAAUUGAAAGAAGCACAUGUGCCAAUUAAGAGAUCAUCAACAUAUACAAAACUUAGGGACGAGGGCAAAAGUAAAACAUCAGAUGACCAGACACAAUACAUCACUGAUGUAACUGGAGAAUACCACUGGUCUCCUGCAAGAUCAAUGGAGGAUGCUGACUUGGGUACAAACAACAACAACACGGAAAACUCCGCAUUGAGAAACCAUGCCGUUCUUUGCAUAUUAUCCACAAAAAACUGUGACCAAACUGGGCUCGUGAAUUUUGUAAAAACUUUCAGAACGACACAUUUCAACAGGCACGAACUUGUGCCAAUUGUAAUCGUCGGUGAUGGAGAAUAUCUGCUCGAAGAGUGGGAUGCAGUAAAAUAUUUCCCCGAAGUAUACGUUAUUAGAGGGUCGCCUUUAAGCCGUUCUAAUAUGAGAAUGGCGAACCUAAAACACUGUAAAAUGUGCACUAUAUUGUCAGUACUACCAAAUCUGGCGCAAAACAGAAUAGUAUGGGACAAGGAUGCUUUGCUGUGCACUCUCAACAUCAAACACAUGGCAUUUGAAAUAUCAGAGUCAGAUGCCCACAAAACGCAAUUUGGCAAUACACUUCCUGGGCAUAGAUUGUUCCCUACUCUUACAGUGUUUGACUCUACAAAUCUGAGUUGCUGUCGUAUAAUUGUGCGAGACGGCAGGACGACAGGAAAAAAUGUCAUUGCUAGGAAGAGCAGUUCCGCAGAUCUUCGUCAUACGAAUGGGCAAUCAAAUACAGAGUCCAUUGAAGAGGAUGACCUCAACACACCAUUUUUUCUCACCAAGGCUUACGCGUGUGGACGCGUAUUUACUCUGGAAAUGUUGGAUGCACUUGUUUCCUCGGCGUUCUUUAACUGUCAUACAAUGAGAUUGGUCCAAGUAAUGUUGACGGGAAGCUCUUCAACAGAGAUGGAUUUCUUCUCCAUAGGCCAAGACAUGUUUCCUGGUAUUAUUAACCAAGAGCCUAAACCUGGCAAUAUAUGUCGCAUUGCGCAGAUUUCCUUUCAAAGUGAACCUCUCAUACAGUAUAGCUCAGAGUGCAAAGAUUAUGGAACUAUAUUUAUAUGGCUCCUAAAGAAUUAUGGCAUCAUGUGUAUUGGCAUCAACCGUCUGCUACAUCCUCUGAAAUCAGCGGCUCGAGCUUCUAAAAGAUACGUCAUUACAAACCCACCUGCUGACUUUGUAUGUAUGGACACUGACGAGAUAUUCGUUCUGAAACCAUAUGGUACAAAACGAUUCGCAGUUAAAUCAAAAGAUGGACAGGGAGAUACUGGUAAUGCGCUGAAUGAAUCCUCCAGAAAUGAAACGUGGCCCAAUGGAUUGAGUGAUGGGAAUGAUAAGCCUACGGUUAUUUCAUUCAGUUUCUGAUGAUGAUAAAAUCAACCAUGAAAGAUGAACAAGAAUAUGUAUACUUCGCCACUACGCUACACAACACUGAUUUAUACAACACUAGACUUACACACAACUUUCCUAAAUGACAAUCCAUGCGCA